AUGUUGCAGUUAACCGACUUACCAAUAGAAAUUGUCGAGAAGAUUUUGCCACUCAUCGAGAACUUCUAUCAUGUUCGAAUGGACGUUAGACUACAUUGGUAUUAUAAGAUCGAUAUAAAUCUUGCUUUACAAUUAAUCUCAAACUUUGAAAAAUCAAGCUUAGAAGAUGGACGGUUUAGAAUUUUUAUAAAAUUUGAUAAGGAGCCAAUAAAUAGUAAAGAUUUAUAUUGUUCCUCAGAGUAUUACGCUUUCGUGAUUCCCAACUAUAAAGCAGGAACAAUCAAAAAGAAUACAGAAUAUAUCAAUAAAAUUAAACUGAGAUUUGAAGUUUGGGUCAAUGACAAAACAUUUUGGGAACAGUGGCGCAUUUAUAUUACCUUACUUCCAUAUUGUGUUAAAUCUAGUUGGAUUGAUCAGGAUAGUGACACUAUAUCAGACAUUAGAACAUUAAGAAAAAUGCAUGAUCAAUUUAACUCCAGUUGUGAAAGUAUCGAUUUCUACUUGAUAUAUGUUUUUAAAAAUGACAUUAAAUCUAUUUAUGGUCAUAGGGGCAUCGGAACUUUAGUCAAAAAUUUGAAGAGAUGUAAAUUAAUAUUUGAAACAUCAAGUUUGAGAGCUUUUACAAACAUGACAAAUACAACAAAUUUUGACCCAGAAUACCUAACUAUAAGUAUUAAGCCUGAUACAUUUGAUAGAAAGUUACGUGUUGAGGAUAUAACUGGACGUUCAUUCAAAAAUUUGAUCGAUUUUGAAUUAUUUUAUGAAAAUGAAAAAGCUUGGUUAAGCUCAGAAUAUUGGUUAAUUAAAAAUCUUGGUCCAAGUAUAAAACGAUUCACAAUUUCAAUGCGAUACUUGUAUGUGACAAAGUUAUUAAAAGCUCUUGAUUAUAAACAGUUAAAAUAUUUGAAUAUAACAACUUCGGUUGAGAGUUAUGGUGCCAAGGGUCUGGAGGAGAGGAAAAUUAAUGAUAAAUUGAUGAAAGAUGUAGUUCGUGGACAAAAUUCAUAUAUAAACCUCAUAGAUUGA